AUGGGCGAUGUUUUCUUCUGGAAAGGAGAAGAGGUAAAAGUAAAGGAGAAGAUUCGAGUCGAGAGCCAGGACCCUAGUUUGAUGGCGGUCAUGGCCAAACUCACGGCACUGGAGCAUGAAGUCAUGAAAUGGCUGACUUCCCUGAAAGUGCUAAUGGGCACUGAAGACACAGACAGCGAAUCAUGA